AUGAGUAUCGGGUCCACCAACAUCGUCGUGACGGAAUUUGGGAUCAGACCGUCCGGCAUCUCCGCCCCCGCCGAUCUCUCCGCGUUUUCCGGACUGGGUAAGCUGGAGGAUCUGGAUGUGACGUCAUUCACUUGGUUCGAGGGAACCUUGAUGAAUCUUCCCCGGCUGAAACGGCUUUCGUUGAACCAACACUGUUCCACCUGGCCAAAUGUGUUUGAUAUGCGGGCAGUCUCCUGUCUCCCCCAGCUAACAACCCUUGAAAUUUGGGCCGGCGACCACGACACCACGCUUCACCCUCUGCUCGGGUUGUCGGGUUUAGAGCACUUGACACUGAAGGACCUGCACGCUCGCGACUGGGACGUGCUCGGAGAACUGGUCAACCUGAAGUCGCUGGUUGUCAGAACAACCGACGACGUGGACGGCAUUGAUUUCGGAAAGUGUACGAAGCUGGAAACUCUGGACGUGAUCCAGAAACGCAUCUAG